GUCCAGGCUGCUGCUUCCUUAGCAUUGACGGAUUCUCUCUUACUCUCUAAAGCAACAAAGAAACACACAAAAGAACCCAAAAUGAGCAAUUCAGCUCUUCACAGCAUCACAACGUUCCCCUCAUUCUUCUCAAGCCCCGCACCCUCUCUUUUCUCUCCAAACCCCACACUCCAUUUCCCUCUCCACUCUCAAUUUCACCAUCUUCAUCUUCAUCCUCAUUCCUAUUGCCACGUCAUCACACUUUCCAACAAGAGGAGGAAUACGGCCAUGUCGCAGCUCACGCCUCCACGCGUCACCGCCAGCAGUGUCCAGGACGCGCUGGGAGGUGCCGUUUCCCUGAUCCAAUCGUCCCCCGCCACGUGGCGCUCUGCACUCCUCAGCAACGUUCUCAUCUUCGUCCUCGGUUUUCCGAUCCUCGUCGCCGGACUCUCCCUCUCUGGAAUCGCUGCCGCAUUCUUACUUGGCACGCUGACGUGGCGGGCGUUUGGCCCUUCUGGCUUCCUACUCGUUGCCACAUACUUCGUAAUUGGUACAGCUGCAACAAAGGUCAAAAUGGCACAGAAAGUGGCUCAGGGGGUUGCUGAGAAAAGAAGGGGAAGAAGGGGUCCGGGCAGUGUUAUUGGAUCCAGUGCUGCUGGUUGUGUUUUUGCUUUCCUCACCGUUUUUCAAGUCGGGGGAGAAGCAUUUUAUCAGCUUUGGAAACUUGGGUUUGUUGCCAGUUUCUGUACCAAGUUGAGUGACACCGUCUCAAGUGAGAUAGGAAAGGCAUAUGGAAAAACGACGUACCUAGUCACAACAUUCAAGAUAGUUCCAAGGGGAACAGAAGGGGCGGUUAGCAUUGAAGGAACCUUGGCUGGAAUUUUUGCUUCUGUACUUCUUGCCUUUGUUGGUUUUCUCAUGGGUGAGGUUAGUUCACGUGCAGCUAUUAUAUGCGUGAUAGCGUCCCAAAUUGCUAAUAUUGGGGAGAGCAUAAUUGGUGCUGUAUAUCAAGAGAAGGAAGGAUUUCAAUGGCUUAACAAUGAUGCAGUCAAUAUCAUCAACAUAUCAAUGGGCAGCAUCAUAGCAGUAUUAAUGCAGCAAGCACUACAGAGUUUGCAUCCUUAAAUUUGUUGCAACAUUUUCUUAGGAGCUCAAUCACCAUCAUAAUCUUGAUAUCAUAUCGCUAAGUCGUUACCAAGAACACUGGCUUUGAGUAUUGGAAGAGUAGGUAAAUUUUAGAUAUUUAUACAACUGGAAUCAACUGUCAGGCUCAAGCAUGUUGGGUCUCACGAAGAUUCGUGGUCAAAGCAAUCAAACAAAAAGUCAAUGACCCCAUAUCAACGGUUCAAGUGUCUUGGAUCAGAAUCAGUGAUCUGUACAACAUACAGAUGUAACCAAACAACUUCUAUUUGAUGAUAACUUUGAAACUCCUUGGAUUGUUUAUCUGCUAGUUAUGGCAGUUGUGAGGGUAAUUAAGAUGGUUCAUUUCAUUGUUCCUUGCCUUGAUAAGUUGAGCUACUUUUUAAAGAAAAUUGUUAUUUACCAAAA